UGAAUGUUGUUUAAAAAGUAUAAAAAAUCGAUCAAGAGAUGUGACUAAGAAAAAAUCCUUAACACGUUUCCGUAUGCAUCCAUGGGAGAUCGUCUAAUAUGGGAGAAUGGUUGGUCAUAGAAUUAUCACGCUGAUACUCUUUCUGGCAGCAUGGCACGAAGCAGCAACUUUAGUGCCAAUAAGAUCUGUGGCUGUAGAUAUAGGUCAGAACUUGACAUUAGCAUGUGCAGAAGAAGAUGCACUGCCACAGUCAGGAGAAUCUGUUGGAGUGAUGUGGAUAAGGGAGGGACGGGAAGAUGGACAAAUUGAAAGACUAAAGGUUGAGCCUAAUGGAGCUUUGCAACUUAUUAAUGUUAGUGCAGAUGAUGCUGGAAACUAUUCAUGCACUCUAGAUGACGAUCAUGAUGCUGUCAAAACUAGAAUCAACGUACAAGUUAGAACUCCUCCACCAGCUUUACACAAUGUAUGGGUUAAACCAUCAACAAUAUUGGCAAAUAUUCUUUGGGAAGUAGCUGGCACAGGUGGUUAUCCUAUCAUAGAUUUCACUGCCGAAUAUCGUCUUAAACCGAAUGUGGGUGAAGAACCAGAAGACUGGAAGCCUAUUGUUCCAACGCACAUUCCUCCAAAUUCUAGGCAAAUUGAUGUGUAUCACUUGGUGCCAAACACUACUUAUUCGUUUCGAGUCUGGGCAACAAAUCAGCUGGGGAGAGGAGAAAUUGUUGAGGUUGAAGGUCAUACUCAACACAGUAGUGAAGAAUUAGAACUUGCAAGACAUCUCUUAGCAGGUGUAGAAAAUUUUGACACUCGUGUCUGGGUGGCAGCAGUAGGGAUAGUUAUGGGUACACUUAUGAUUCUUGGUAUAGGUACUUGUUACCUCCUCUAUCGUGAGUGCAAAGUACCCUCGCAGCUGGAGGAGCAGGAAGUGAUUGAACUUGUACCCAAUAUCAUUCUGAAUCCAGGAUUUUUCGACGAAAGAACAGAACACAUUCCUCAAGAUGAAAAUUUCAAUAACCAAACCACUACACGCUUAAACAAUAAUAGCGUUGUGCAACCUAUGCGACUUUAGCGACUAAAUAUUUAGAUUUCUGUGGCUAAUUUUUAUUAACAAGUGGCUUGAGCACAAUUUAUGUGUCACCUUAAACGUAAGUAACUGGAAUUACAAGAGGCCUCGAAUCCGCCAAGUAUCACAAUGCGUAGAAUCAGAUAAGCAAUGAAGAUGAUAAUUAUUGCGAAAGUGGAAAUUUAUGUUUAUAGUCAGAAAAUUGAGAGACGCAUCAUACAUUCCGAGUAUUCUAAGGAAAUAAAUUUUUCACUUACAAUACAAUGUAAAGUGUUCAAAGCAUAUGUAAGACUCUGCUAGGUUUUGUGAAAUGAAGUAGCACAUUUUUGAGAGUGUUUACCAGGAUGUUCUAGCAUUAAAAUUCGAUAUCGUUGCUCAGUUAUCGAGCUUAAAGUCAAGAACUCCUGUAAGCGAAAAAAGGAAUAUUCUUAGUAAGACUGUAAUUCUAAGAACAAAAGGCAAAUUUUUGAAGAAACUGAAAUCAUACGACAUUAAUAUUAAGCGGCAAAUUUUUGUCUUACGUUCUGCAUGAAUUCAUGUUUUUUACGCAAUUAUUUUUAACCAUUAUCACCGAACACGAAUGAGAUUUUAAUGGACAAUAUCAUGCAGGGAGUAAGACUUUUGCCAAUAAUACACAUCAUCCGAUUAAAAAAAUUUUGUCAAACACGAGGUAUGAUUAAAGGCUUGCUUACUGCCGUUUUAAGGUGUGCAGAAGUCGUUGGUAAAAAAGUUCCUUUUUUGUGUCUUUAUAAAAGUUACUGUUUUUUUAUUUAUUGUUAUACGAAUGCAUUUGUUUUUUUAGAGAAUAUUUUGAUAAUGCUUUCUUCCAAAAAAAUUAAUAUAACGGAAGUCAAUGCACCAUAUGCUCUUUCUGGAAAAAUCCUGUGAAUCAGAGAGUGUACAGUGUAAAAAUCAUAGUACUCUAAUUAUAAAAAUAAUUCUAUUAUGUUAAUGUUAUUUCUAGUAAUAUUAUAUUCUUCAUACUUUUAACUUUGCAUGUAACUAUUCAAAUAUGUCUAAUGCUUCAACAUGCUUUUGCACUACCUUAAUAACAAAUGCAAUAUCCACUGCUAUUGAAUUAUAAAAAGCUAUGAAAUCAAAUUUCAUCAAAACCAAAUCUUAACAAAUACAAAAUAGCACAAAUCCAUGAAAAAUAAGUUUCGGUACAUAAACUUUUUAGGAAAAUGAAAAAAAAAGAACAUUCAAUAAAUCUUCAUAACAUUCAACAAAUAAAAAUUAUUCAUGAUCAUCAUUCGGUUCAGAUUAGUGGUAAAUAUAGGGCAAAAGUAGAAUAGGUUAAAAUAUUUUGGAUAUCACCUUUGAUAGAAUCAAGUUUGUAAUCGAUCGUUAAAACAGAUCUUUUCCACAAAUAUUCAUUUUUUAUGAGAAGUAUCGUCUCGAAUUGCAUACAAAAUUUAACUUAGUCAAUCAAUGAAGGUUGAUGAUUUUGAUAAAAGUUCUUCCUGUACAAACAGAUACAUACAUAGUUAUUUUCCACAAUUUACAUGUAGUACCAUAUCAGAAUUUAUCAUUAUGUGAAAUAUGUUAUUAAGAUUGUGGUAGUAGGUGUUGAGACUUUUCUUAGUAAAAA